UCCACGUGCAAAACUAAUAGUUUUAGACUAAAAUCUGACGUUAAAAAGAUGUCCGAUAACAAUCUACUACAAACAUAUAAUUGUGAUACGCAAUACGACGAAAACGAAGUACAAUUUUCUCGAACAGUUCCAGAUGAAGUAAUCAGUGUAUACGAGGUAUUUGUAAAAGAAGAACCUAAAGAUGAUGUUUUAACAGAGAGUGUUCAAAUUAUUUCUAGCGCACCAUCUUCGAACGAUCAUCAAUUAAUUCAAGGUGAUUUACAUAACUCAAUGAAUUUGGAUACAAUCACCGAUACUGACAUAAUUAAAGUUGAGAGCACAGUCAGCAAACUUCUCGGAAAGGAUGCUCUGAAUUAUAAAAUUUUAGAACAAUGCAAUCCUACGAAUGAUAAUAACGUUGUCGUUUACUCACAUCCGCCGCUAAAUGACGGUCCAUCUUCUUCUACCACUCGUUUAAUUGAUAAAGAUGAUAUUAGAUCAAGAUUACAUUUUGUCAAACGUUUAAAACGCGAUGGGAAAACGAUCAAAAUUUGGGAAUGCGGAAUUUGUUCUAAAGAAUUUCGCCAUCAAUACACAUUGAUGCGACAUUUACCAACUCAUACAGACGAAAGAAAUUUUAAAUGCGAAAUUUGUGGUAAAGCUUUUCGUCAAUUGUCAACUUUAAGUCAACAUAAAGCCAUUCAUAGCGAUGCGAGACCGUACAUCUGUGAAUUUUGCAAAAAAACAUUCAAUAGAGUAUCAACAUUAAUCUCGCAUAGGAAAACUCAUUCCGAACACAAACCACAUAAGUGUCAUAUAUGUGGAAAAGGAUUUCAUCAAAAAGGUAAUCUAAGAAAUCACGUUUUCACUCAUACAAACGAGAGACCAUAUAAAUGCGACAUUUGCGGGAAAGGUUUUAAUCAAAUGUCGAAUUUAGUGUGUCAUAAAGUAAAGGCACACGCGCAUGCUGAAAAAAUGCAAUAUACGUGUACGAUUUGUGACAAAGAAUUUCCACGAAGAUUUUCAUUGAGAUCGCACGAGGAAUACAAACACGGCAUUAAAUAUCGGCAGCCAGUUGGUCCGCCGGCCGGACCCAACAAUCAGAAUAUUAUUAAAAAUAAAAAUGUCAGAAUAGUACAAUUGCCCGGUGAAGAAGGGAAUAAAAUGCCGGAGGUUAGAAAUAAAACCUUAAACGUUUCUUCUACGAAUAGCGAAGAUACAAAGACAACUGAGAGAAUGAAUUCUAUCGGAACUAGAAAUUUGGAUAAUAUCAAAUCUAUACAAAUACGUGUGCCUAUUGUAAAUUCUGUCAUUCCAAAAAUCGAAUCCGAUGGAAAAUCACGUUUUGCUAUUGACUCUGGAUCCGAAUCACAUCAAGGUAUGUCUACUACGACAUCAUUAGACGGUCAAUUUAUAUAUUCGGAUCAUAUCGGAAGUGAAUUACACCGUUCGUUUGAUCCAUCUACAAUUUCUACGACCGAUGAGUAUAACGAAUUAUUAGAUCUUGCUGUACAAGGUGGAAUACAAUUUAUUCGUGCAACUGAAGAUGGUGGUUACGAGUUAAUGACAAGUAAUGAAGCUCGCGAUCUUAUGGUACAGAAUUCUCACGAGAUGACAAUGUUUAAUAACGACGAAUCGGACUCUAUCAAUACUGCAAAUUUACAUAAUAACAAUGAUAUGAUAAUUAACGAUGCAAAUAAUCAAAUUACGGCUCUUAAUUCUAAUUCAUCGCGGAAGCAAAUGCCGCCGAUGGAUUCGAUUGAGAUGUUAGAGGAUAAAGAAGUGAAUAUUUUGGAAAGCAGAUGUCUCGAUGAACGUUUCAUGAACGAUCAUAACUUUUUACCUCAACCCAAAAUUGAUGAUUUUAUUCUUUGUUCUAAAUCUUUGGGUAUUGAACAUAAUAGUAUCAAUAUUACGGAACACGAUGACGAAGGUUUAGAUGUAAUGUCGAAUCAUCACGAUUUUAUGAAUAUUCUUAAUCAUAAAAAUGAUAUUUCUGGAUUUUCAAGGGAAACAAGUACCUCAUUUUUAUACAAGAAUCAUUCAUCUACAUCGAUGAUAAAUAAUACCUUGCCUUUGUUUAAGUCUAAUCAAAGUAUAUCAGAAGAUAUGAUUAUUAUUAACAAUACUAUACACGAUCAUGUAGAAUGUGAUUCCAAAAUGAAACUAUCAUUUGAUGAAAACGAUCACAAUACUGGAAUGAUAGCCCUCAAUCAUCCAGAAAUCAAAAUUCUCGAUUCAGAAAAUCAAGCUAAUACGAAGGUGAAAAUUUUAGGACCAAAAAAUCAUGGUCAAGAAUUAGUAGGAACACAGUUUCAAGAUCUGAAAAUGUUCUCUUCCUACGAUGGUCUUUUAAAAAAUUCGAAAGCGCCCUUAAGUAUGCGCGAUAAUAAUCUGAACAAUGUGCGUAAGAAGGAAGUCAAAAUACUUGGAAAAAAAUUUGAAAUAGAUCUAAUCAAUGGGGAAAAUGAAGGUGUUAUCAAAUUUAUGGAAAGCCGAAAAUUUAAAUUGGUGGAUAAGAAUCAAGAUAUUUGCAAUCGCGUUGACAAUGGAUUGAUGUCUCCAUCAUCGGUAGAUAGGCCAAUUACGGAAAAUAUUGAUCAAAACUGCUUCCCUCUUCAAGUAAACCGCUAUCAUCAGAGCAUACAAUGCUAUAAGAAUUAUGAGAAAGAAAACAUUCCUCCUAAAUAUUGUAUAGGUAUGCAGUCCUCGCAGAAACAAAUUCGUAAAAUCAAAGAAUCCCCUUAUUGGUAAGGGUAGCUCAUCACCUGAUAUUCAUUUCAACGACACGCGGGACAUUUACAACCACAGCAACAACAACAGCAACAACAACACCAACAACACCACUAACAACAACAACAGCAGCAGCAGCAGUUAUAGCAAUUGUGCUCUACCAGAUUUGGACUCGUAAAAAAG